AUGCCUUUCGCACAACUGGUUAUUGGCCCACCUGGUGCAGGAAAAUCUACUUACUGCAAUGGCAUGCAUCAGUUCCUCGGAGCGAUCGGGCGCAAAUGCUCAAUCGUGAACCUCGACCCCGCGAACGAUAAGACCUCAUACCCGUGUGCGCUGGACGUGCGCGAUCUCGUCACGCUGGAAGAGAUCAUGGAUGAAGACAAGCUCGGUCCGAACGGGGCGACACUCUAUGCGCUUGAGGAGUUGGAGGAGAACUAUUCCUGGUUAGAGGAAGGAUUGAAAGAACUUGGAGACGAUUAUGUCUUAUUCGACUGCCCUGGCCAGGUUGAACUAUUUACGCAUCACGCUUCGCUACGGAAUAUCUUCUUUCGGCUUCAAAAGCUUGGCUAUCGGUUGAUUGUCAUUCAUCUCGUCGACAGCUACGCCCUCACUCUCCCCUCGAUGUACAUUUCCGCCCUCCUUCUCUCUCUUCGCGCAAUGCUACAGCUUGAUCUUCCUCACUUGAACGUCCUCACCAAAAUUGACAAUCUUUCCAACUAUCCUGAACUGCCAUUCAACCUGGACUUUUAUACAGAAGUUCAGGACCUCAAUUAUCUUCUCCCACACCUGGAAUCCGAAUCCUCCCGCCUCCCCCAUAGCAAGUUCGGCGCCCUCAACACCGCCAUCGUCGACCUGGUCGAAGAAUUUGGGCUCGUUGCCUUCGAGACGCUGGCCGUCGAGGAUAAAAAGAGUAUGAUGAGCUUACUCAGGGCUAUUGACCGCGCCUCCGGGUACGCAUUUGGUUCCGCUGAGGGCGCGAACGACACCGUUUGGCAGGUUGCCGUUCGCGAAGGGAUGGGGGUUACCGAUGUACGGGAUGUGCAAGAACGAUGGCUCGACUUGAAGGACGAAUAUGAUGAGAUAGAAAGGAAGGAAUUGGAAGAGGAGGCACGUAUGCGCGAUACAGCUAGCAAGGCCGCGGCGGAGCAGGAAGCUGAGGAUGAGGAUGACGAUAUGACGGAUUGGAAUGGUCCAGUCCCGGACAGCGGGGUGAAGGUGCAACGAAAGAAAUAG